CAGGUUGUGAUGGACAAUGGCAUCGUCCAACUCACGUUGUCGAAGCCCCGAGGUUCCAUUACGGGAGUAAAACACCAUGGAGUUGGUAAUCUCCUGGAAGUUAAGAACAGAGAAGACGGUAGAGGGUAUGCUAAUAUAUACCUGUAUUGGGAUGUUGUUUGGAAUCGAUCAGAUCCAGAUUCAGGCAUUUUUGAUAUAAUACUCGGAACAGAAUUUGACGUAGUGCAGCAAGAUGCAAACCAGGUUGAGGUCUCUUUCAGAACACAAUGGAAUCCCUCCCACGGAGGCAAGCUUGUGCCUUUAAACGUCGACAAAAGGUUUGUGAUGCUGCGAGGCAGCUCAGGCUUCUACACCUACGCCAUAUAUGAACACCUUCAAGGCUGGCCCGACUUCAAUCUAGCAGAGACCAGGGUGGCUUUCAAGCUUAGAAAGGAUAGGUUUCACUACAUGGCCAUUGCAGACAACAGACAAAGAAUCAUGCCCAUGCCAGAAGAUCGCCAGCCCGGAAGGUCACAGAAGUUGGAUUACUCAGAAGCAGUCAGACUGACAAACCCAAUUAAUGCAGCCUUGAGAGGGGAGGUGGAUGAUAAAUACCAGUAUUCCAUUGAGAACAAGGACAGUAUGGUGCAUGGAUGGAUUUCUUCUGAUCCUUCCGUAGGGUUUUGGGUGAUCACCCCAAGUAUUGAGUUUAAGUCAGGAGGGCCUGUGAAGCAGGAUCUGACAUCUCAUGUUGGUCCUACCGCCCUCGCUACCUUUGUGAGUUCUCAUUACGCCGGGGACGACAUUUUGCCUAGAGUCAGAAAUGGAGAAUACUGGAAGAAGGUGUUUGGCCCUGUGUUCAUUUACCUUAAUUCUGCAUCGACGAAAUCGGAUCCGAAGCUUCUCUGGGAGGACGCCAAGAAGCAGGCGCGGGUUGAAGAGGGAAGCUGGCCGUACAAGUUUCCUGCUUCAAAGGACUUCCAAAAGAGGGAGCAAAGAGGCUCUGUUUCCGGCAGACUAUUUGUUGUAGACGAGUAUGUAGCAUUUCAUUACGUAAAUGGGAAUGCUGCUUUUGUUGGUUUGGCUUCACCAGGAGAAGCAGGAUCUUGGCAGAGAGAAAGCAAGGGAUACCAGUUCUGGGUAAGAGCAGAUGCCAAGGGAAUGUUCUUCAUCAAGAACGUCAGAACUGGAGUGUACAACCUUUAUGCAUGGGUUCCUGGUUUUAUUGGGGACUACAAAUCUAGCGUAAACAUAACCGUAACCUCCGGAAAUCACAUCAAUCUGGGUAACCUUGAAUAUAGGCCACCAAGAGAUGGGCCGACCUUGUGGGAGAUUGGCAUUCCUGAUCGAUCCGCUGCGGAGUUCUUCGUCCCAGAUCCUUAUCCUUGCUACAUCAACAGACUCUAUGUGAAUCAUCCUGAUAGGUUUCGGCAGUACGGGUUGUGGGAGAGAUACACAGAUCUGUAUCCUGAUCAUGAUCUGAUGUAUACAGUUGGCAUCAGCAACUACAAGAAAGACUGGUUCUACGCACACGUUACCAGGAAGCAUGGGCAGGCUUCCUAUCAGGCAACUACAUGGCAGAUAAAGUUUCGACUCAAUAAUGUGCGCCGGAGUGGAACUUACAAGCUUCGACUGGCACUUGCAUCUGCCGUAUUUUCUGAGAUACAAGUUCGAUUCAACAACCCAAUAGUGCAGCAACCUGCUCACUUCACGACAGAGCUAAUUGGGAGAGACAACUCGAUCGCCCGACACGGAAUCCAUGGGUUGUACUGGUUGUUCAGCAUCGAUGUGGAUAGCAGUUGGCUUCUUAAAGGCGACAACAUCAUCUUCUUAACUCAGACGCGUUCUGAAAGCCCUUUUCAAGGAGUCAUGUACGACUACAUUCGAUUGGAAGCUCCGGCAUGA